AUGUCCAAGGUCGACAACAAGAGUAACAAGCGCAAGGGCGCAUCUGAGCCCAGCGUAACCACCAAGAAGGUCAAGACUACUGUUGUCGAGAAACCCGCCCCCAAGUCUGCACUCAAGAAGACCGAAACUACCACUACAACCACUGUCAAGGCCAAGAAGGAAGUCAAGGAGAAUGCACCCACCCGAGAGACAAGAUCAACGAGAAAGCGCGCCGAAGAUUUCCUGGAGCCAGAGGAGAAGCCCGUAAAGAAGACAACGACCGUCAAGACCGCCCCCGGCAAGGUUGAGAAGGUCACCGUUACUGAGACUGUUAAGCCCGAGAGCGCUUCAUCAAAGGUCUCGAAGACCAAGACCAAGGCCAGCCCCAAGGCUGCUGUUGAGGAGGAGGAAAUCGCUGUCGCCAAUGAGACAGACAGCGAGGCCGAGGCUGAAGAGGACGACCAGACUGCUGCCCUACUUGCCGGCUUCGAAAGCAGUGACGACGAGAACGACCCGCAAGACGAUGGCAUUGCUCUGGAUAAGCUUCCCGCUGUGCCCAACAUGAAGGAGGUUCGCAAGCAGUUGAAGGAUGCUCAGCAAGACGACGAGAACACCNCCGGCGUUAUCUACAUUGGGUAUGCGAUCUUUGCGCCAACUCUCAUUCAAGCAAAACUAACAAGAGAUACAGACNGUCUGCCGCACGGUUUCUUCGAGGCACAGAUGCGCGAGUACUUUAGCCAAUUCGGCGACAUCACCCACUUGAGAAUGGCGCGCAACAAGCUUACUGGCCGCUCAAAGCACUACGCUUUCAUCGAGUUCGGAUCCGCCGCAGUCGCCGAGAUUGUAGCCAAGACCAUGGACAAGUACUUGCUUUUCGGCCACCUUCUGCAGGUCAGACGUGUACCCGCCGAGCAAGUCCACGAGAAGCUGUGGAAGGGCGAGGGUGGAAGAUUCAAGGUCAUGCCGCGCAACAAGAUUGAGGGCGGUAUGUUGAAGAGAGGUACCACAAGAGAGGGCUGGGAGAAGAGAAUCGAGAGAGAGACCGAGGCCAGAAACAAGAAGGCUGCACAGCUCAAGGAGUUGGGCUACGACUUCGAGAUGCCCUCUCUGCGCGAUGUCAAGGAGGUGCCUACCAAGGAGACUCGCGAGGCCGAGGCCGCACCUUUGAUAACUGGUGCCGACGUGAACGCAGUCUUGAACAAGCAAGAAGAGCAACCGGAGGUCAAGGAGACCAAGAAGACGGCACCUGUGGAAAAGGCAGGCGCCAAACGUGUCAAGAGCAAGGCAGACGGCAAGAAGGGAUCAAAGAAGGCAAAGGUUUCGGCAUAG